CCCCUAGAACCAUAAGAAAUGAAAAAAUUCACUGUUAAUAACUCAUUUUCGAAUUGCCCCCUUAACUAUCAAAUUGCCCCCCUGUGGGGCGUGUGCCCCACGCGGGGAACCACUGGGCUAUCUGAAGGGUGGAGAUCACACAGCCCUGCCCCAGGAGCCCAUGCGUUCCCCGUGCACACCUGUUCGUGCACACUGGUCACGCGUGCUUGCAUGUGGAGGCAUGCCCUGCUGUGGGUGGUGGGUGGCUCCUCCACCAUGACAGGCCCGGGGUGUGUCCUGCAUGGAGGCGGGUGGGGGCUCUGAGGACCAGGAAGCUCCAGGGCCAGGCCGUGAUUGGGUGCCAGACAAGACGGUCAGGUUGGGGUGGAAGCGGUUGCUCUGGCCCCUUUCUUCCUCCUUCCUUGACCCAAGUGACCAGAAGCCGCGCAGAGGUCUGGUCUGCAGCGCCAGGUGCGGAAGGAAGGAGCCAAGGAGCGCUUGACGGGGCCUCUGCCGGGAGGGGAACAGGAUAGAAGGUGGUGUGCCAACCCCUGGCUCGGACCGUCUCUUCUACCAUGAGGUGGAGUCGCCAUCUGCCCCGGGCCUUUUGGGGGCCUGGCCUGGCAAGAGCACCCCAGCCAGCAGAUGAAAAUAUCCCUUGGAUGAUCCACUGGAAUUGGGCCCUUAAAGGCGGGUGUCCCCUUGGCCCCCCUAGGGCCUUUACCCAUCACUAUGGAAGCUCAGUGGGCAGUGUUCCCCCGUCAGGGAGGCAUGGACCUGUGUUACGGAGCAUCUCUGCUGCUGAGGCCAUCCAGCAGCACCGCCGGAACCUGGCCGAGUGGUUCAGCCGGCUGCCCCGGGAAGAGCGCCAGUUCGGCCCGACCUUCGCACUAGACACGGUGCAUGUGGACCCCGUGGUCCGUGAGAGUGCCCCCGAUGAGCUGCUUCGCCCGCCUUCGGAGCUUCGUUCCCCUUCACAGACACCCCCGGCCAUGCGCCCCCCCCUGGCCCUGUCUCAGCUCUUUGACCCGGACGCCUGUGGGUGCCAGGUGCAGACGGUGGUCCUGUAUGGCACCGUGGGCACCGGCAAGAGCACACUGGUGCGCAAGAUGGUGCUGGACUGGUGCUACGGGCGGCUGCCAGCCUUCGAGCUGCUCAUUCCCUUCUCCUGUGAGGACCUGUCGUCCCUGGGCCUGGCCCGGGCCUCCUUGUGCCAGCUGGUGGCCCGGCGCUACACGGCCCUGAAGGAGGUUCUGCCCCUGAUGGCCGCAGCGGGCUCUCGCCUGCUGUUUGUGCUCCAUGGCUUGGAGCGGCUCAACCUGGACUUCCGGCUGGCAGGCACGGGGCUGUGCAGUGACCCCCAAGAGCCAGCGGCGCCGGCUGCCAUCCUCGUCAAUCUGCUGCGCAAAUACAUGCUGCCCGAGGCCAGCAUCCUGGUGACCACCCGGCCCUCUGCCGUGGGCUGCAUCCCCAGCAAGUACGUGGGCCGCUACGGCGAGAUCUGCGGCUUCUCCGACACCAACCUGCAGAAGCUCUACUUCCAGCUGCGCCUCCACCGGACUGACGUGCGCGGCUGCCUGGAGGCGGGCGUCCGCACGGAGGAGGAGUUCCAGCUGCUGCACAUCUUCCGCGGGGACGCCCUGCGCUUCUUCCUGGCCCCGUGCGUGGAGCCGGGGCACCCGGGCACCUUCGUGUUCACUGUGCCGGCCAUGCAGGAGUACCUGGCCGCCCUCUACAUUGUGCUGGGCUUGCGCAAGACCACGCUGCAGCGGGUGGGCAAGGACGUGGCCGAGCUGGCGGGCCGCGUCGGGGAGGACGUCAGCCUGGUCCUGGGCAUCGUGGCCAAGCUGCUGCCGCUGCGGAUCCUGCCCGUGCUCUUUAACCUGCUGAAGGUGGUCCCACGCGUGUUCGGGAGAGUGGUGGGGAAGAACCGCGAGGCGGUGGCCCAGGCCAUGGUGCUGGAGAUGUUCCGAGAGGAGGAUUACAACAACGAUGAUGUCCUGGACCAGAUGGGCGCCAGCAUCCUGGGCAUGGAGGGCCCCCGGCGCCACCCCGACGAGGCCCCCGAGGACGAGGUCUUCGAGCUCUUCCCCAUGUUCAUGGGGGGGCUGCUCUCUGCCCAGAACCGGGCCAUGCUGGCCCAGCUUGGCUGCCCCAUCAAGAACCUGGACGCCCUGGAGAACGCCCAGGCCAUAAAGAAGAAGCUGGGCAAGCUGGGCCGGCGGGCGCUGCCCCCCUCGGAGCUCCUGGACCACCUCUUCUUCCACUACGAGUUCCAGAACCAGCGCUUCUCUGCCGAGGUGCUCAGCUCCCUGCGCCGGCUCGACCUGGCGGGCGUGCGCAUGACACCCCUCAAGUGCACGGUGGUGGCAGCUGUCCUGGGCAGCGGCAGGCAUGCCCUGGACGAGGUGAACUUGGCCUCUUGCCAGCUGGACCCCGCUGGGCUGCGCACGCUCAUGCCUGUCCUCUUGCGCGCCCGGAAGCUGGGCUUGCAGCUCAACAGCCUGGGCCCGGAGGCCUGCAGGGACCUCCGAGAGCUGCUGCUGCACGACCAGUGCCAAGUCACCACCCUGCGGCUGUCCAACAACCCGCUGACGGCUGCAGGGGUGGCCUCGCUGGUGGAGGGCCUGGCGGGAAACACCUCCCUGACACACCUCUCCCUGCUGCACACGGGCCUCGGGGACGAGGGCCUGGAGCUGCUGGCUGCCCAGCUGCAGCACAACCAGCGGCUACAGGAGCUGAACGUGGCCUACAAUGGCGCCUGUGACACCGCGGCCCUGGCUGUGGCCAAGGCGGCCUGGGAGCACCCCUCCCUGCAGCUGCUCCACCUCUACUUCAACGAGCUCAGCUCCGAGGGCCGCCAGUUGCUGCGGGACUUGGGGGACGCGGCGGAGGGCCGGGCCCGGGUGGUGGUGUCGCUGACAGAGGGCACGGCAGUGUCGCGGUACUGGUCGGUGAUCCUCAGUGAAGUCCAGCGGAACCUCCACAACUGGGAUCGGGCCCGGGUCCGGCGCCAUCUCCAACUCUUGCUGCGGGACCUGGAAGAUAACCGAGGCGCCACCCUGAACCCGUGGCGCAAGGCCCAGCUGCUGCACGUGGAGGGCGAGGUCACGGCGCUCCGGGAGGGGCUGGGGGGACCCCUCAGCUGA